CACCUGCCGUGCUCCCGACGCGACACGCGCCCGACCCGCACCCGUUGUCAGUGUGUUUUGUUUUACGCCUUCACACAAUAGUUCGUAGUUCAUGAACUAUACAAUCCAUCGGGAUUAAAUUACUAAGUUAGUAUAUAGUUCAUGAACUAUGUAAGCCUAACGCGAUACGCGCAUCACUAAACCGCCAUUGGUUGUCUGUCUGUUUGCUUGUUCAACGAAAUAUCGCGAAAUCACGAUUGUAAUCUUAUCAAACUCGUUCUGUCGUUCUUAUCGCUCAUAACCUUCAAUAUAUUUUACUAUUUACGAUUCUUUCAUUUGUAAUAGACAUUACGCUUAUAAGAACGUUUUUAACGUAUGAUCAACAUGUCGUUGACUACAAAUUUUUGUGUCUCUAUCAGUUUGUUGGUAAUUACAAUUACGUGUCUCUUUAUGUCUGCUGAUAACUACGUGCAGGCAAAUGAACACGAUGUCGAAAGCAUUUCUAAAAUUGGCCAAGGAGUUGGUCACAUCAUGAAUAUUUAUUACUGUUACUCUUGUGGCUAUAGAAAAGUGUUCGAAGACUAUGCUGGGAUAAUCCAACAGAAAUACCCAGAAAUAUCUGUUAUUGGAGCAAACUAUGAUCCACCUGGCCUCAACAUGUAUCUUUCAAGGAUGAUUGGCUUUGGAAAGAUGAUUUUGAUCAUGUGCAUCCUGAGCGGAGUGAAUAUCUUCGCUUGGUUGAAUAAGCCACAGCCAUCGUGGUGGAGUUGGUGUUUGGAGAACAAGUUAUAUGCUUGCAUGAUGAUGUUUUUCAUGGCCAAUAUGAUUGAAGGACAACUAGUCUCCUCAGGUGCUUUUGAAAUUUCCCUCAACAACAUCCCACUGUGGUCCAAACUGGAAACUGGGAGGAUACCACAACCACCAGAAUUGUUCCAAAUCAUUGACAAUACCCUACAGUUCUCAAAGAUUGAUAUGCCCAACAACAAUUUUGUGCAAUAAUCUAGAUGGUAAUAUGAAUAAUGAUAUUGGAUGAACUGUGGUACUUGUGAAUUGUGAUGAAGUUACAUAUUAAUUGUACUAAUAAUUUAGCAUGUGCUGUGUUACUUUAGAGGCAAUUGGACAGCUACCAACUUAUUUAAAAGGGUGGCAUAAGAUUUUGCAUGCUUUAUUCCUGUGUGGCCAAAAUUGAGAUUUUAAAUUUGGCUAAUCAUAAUAUAGUCUCAUUGUUUAGUCUGUUAUAUUCGCAAUAAAACUAGGUAUUAGUUGGUUAAAAAACUAGAGUGAAUGUGAAACACAUGUAUAACAUUGAAAUGGUGGACCAACUAAAUGUUGACAAAAAUGACAACUUUCUAUACUUAUAAUAACUCAACUAUUAAAACGUUAAGUACUCAAUUAUGGUCAUGCUUUAAUAAGGACAUGCUAACAAUUUAUUGUAAAUUAUUUGAAUUGUUAAUAAGAGUAGUUCAAGUUGCCAAGUGUUGUUAUGUAGUCCACCUCUGAUUGGGCAGUGAUCUAAUAUUCUCUAGAUUCUUAACUGGAAAUGAAAUCUGCAUAUAAUAUCUUUAGCAAUGAGUAAAUAAUAAUUUAAAAAAAAAGGUACCUAGUUUUUAAGAUCUACUGAUUGCAGUUAUGUUUUUAUUACAUACUUA